AUGCCAACAUGUAUUUCUAUUGAUAAUUGUGUUUGUCAUUUUUCUCCACUCCGAAGCGAACCUCCAGUUCUUCUUAAAGAAGGCCAAGUAGUAAAAGUUGAUUUGGGUGCUCAUGUUGAUGGUUACAUUGCAACAGCAGCCCAUACAGUUGACAAUAAAGUAACAGGCAAAAAAGCUAAUGUGAUUGUCUCUGCUUAUAAUGUAAUGGAAAUGGUUUUGAGAAUGUUGAAACCUGAAAAGAAUUUUAAAAACGUAGAAAUAUCUGAGAAGAUGGGAAAAUUGGCUAAAAUUUAUGAAACGACACCAAUUGAGAAUAUGCUCUCUCAUAAUAUUGAGCGAUUCAAACCUGUUGGUGAUAAACAAAUUAUACAAAAUCCUGGCGAUGAGCAGAAGUCUAAAUCGGAGAAGUGCACAUUUGAGACUUUUGAAGUUUAUACAAUUGAUGUACUUAUUUCGACUGGAGAAGGAAAAUCAAAAACAUUGGAUGCACGUACAACAAUUUUUAAGAAGACAGAUGAUAUGGUUUAUAAUUUAAAAUUAAAGGCAUCGCGAUCAUUUUUCCACGAAGCACAGCAAAAGUUCGGUUCAAUGCCUUUUUCAAUAAGAGAUUUUGAAGAUGAAAAAGUGGCAAAGGUUGGAAGUACUGAAUGUGCUAAACAUGAUUUGAUGCAGCCAUAUCCGGUUCUUUAUGAGAAAGAAGGUGAUUAUGUUGCUCAAUUUAAAUGUACAGCAAUAAUAAUGCCUAAUGGAAUAUAUAAAAUAACUGGAAUUCCUUUGGAUAAUGCAAUUUUAAAAUGUGAUGUUAAAAUUGACAAUAAUGAAUUUUUGGGACUUUUAAAUGAACCUUUAAAACCAAAAAAGAAGAAAGGUGGGGGAGGAGAAAAGGAGAAGGAAAUUAAUAAUAAAGAAGCUGAAAAUAAUUUGGUAAAGGAAAAGAAAAAGGAGGAAGAGGUUGAAAAAGUUGAAACGAAAAAGGAAGAAAAAAAAGAAGACAAGAAGGAAAAUAAAGGAGAAAAAUUGGAAGUUAAGAAGGAAAUGCCAAAAAAGAAAAAUGUUGAAAAUAAGCAAAAGAAGAAGGAAGGUUAA